CUGUUGAGUAUAAUUGCCCAUCUGGAUGUUAAAAAAAGGGUUGUGGGAUUUUGUCACUGGGAUUUUCUCUGUUAGGACAAACAGUUUCUGUUGUGAAUGCAGAGAACUGAUGCCAAGAUCUGUCUACUUUAAGAGUGAGAUUUUUGGAUGUCCUAAUUAAGGUAUUUAUGAAGUCUUGCAUCUGACUGAAGUGCGUGAUGACAGUUUAAGAGUGGCUUAAGAAAAUCACGCAGUGAUCCAGAGAGAGGAGAUGACAGCUGAGCGGGUUGACAAUCUGCUGCUCUUGGACACAGAUGCUGUCAACUCUUCCCUCGCCUCAGUGCACAUAAAGCAAGAUGAGCCCCUGGACAACCAGACAGACGACAGCUUCAGUCCAAUCCCUGAUCAACAGCCUGAUCCAGCCUUAGAAAGUCAGGGCAGGGCCAUGGAGAUCCAUAGUCCAAACAUUCACGGGGAAACAGAAAAUGAGAGUGGUUUAGUCUUAACGCAGCCCCUGGAUCACACUGCACUGAUUGAACCGAAAAUAAAUCAUCCAAAUGAUGAUAAAAGCAAUUGUGACUUUGAUACUGGUGUUGUAAUGGAGACUGACAAUAUUACAAACAGCAUUAACAACCCUGACCCAAUUCACCUUAUGGACGUGGACAAUAUGUUAGACAGAAAUCAAAAUAACAAACAAAGUGAUUUAAACACUAUAGAGGAUCCAAAUGAGGCUCAUGGCACUUUAAUGAGUCCAGAAGUUCCAUCAUUAACAGAACGCAACAGACAAGAAGAAAUGAGCCAAUACACCAUUUUAAACCAAUAUUCCUCCUCUGAGAGUGUUGGACUUGAGGUUAGUCGAAUGGCUAAUGAUGACGAUCCCCUGGUAAAUACUGUCUCUGAUGUAAUGAAUAGUGAGCAAAACCAUGAACAACCACUUUCAAUAGCAAACAAUGAGACUGAUUCAACUUCGCCUGAAUCAUUCGUUCAGACCUGUGGGGAUACAUCUGAAGGUGUUUAUGUAGCAGUGGAAGCAGCGACUGCCUAUAAAACUGACCCAGAAAAGCCUGACAUUGCAGGCGACUUGAUGUGUGCUGGCUUCACAACUUCCCAGACACCAAAGAUAGAAGAUCCGAAGACUGACGUUCCUAUAUGUUUGGCCGAUUUGCACUUAACACAUGCCUCCACAUUAUUAGAUUCUUUGGGGAUGAGCAACGUAUUGGAAACAGCUGACAUGCCUGCCAAUGACAGUGAGAUCAUUCAGACUGUAAAUAAAGACUUGGCUUCCUCAAAUGGUGAGUUUUGCACUGCCGUUUUUACCCAGACGGUUCAGAACCUUCAACAAGUUUCAGAACAUGAUGUAACGGAAUUGGAAUCCAACAGAACUGAUGAUUCCAUGCUUGAUAGAAUGAUAGAUACAAAAUUCUCAUUGGAAGUCAGUAGAGUGCAACCACUGGUUGCUUGUAGCCAUGAUACGAGUGCGACAAUAGGUAAUUCUGAGUCAUUUUCCCCCCAGUCCAUACUUGAAACACCACAGAUUGGUGAAAAACAUGAGAAGGAUCUCUCACAGGUGGUCCCUAACCCAACACCUGUCACGAAUGGAGAUUUAGGUAAACGUUCUGAGGAGACCGGGGGCUGUUGCUUAAAGUUCACAGGAACGGAACGUGAUGUUAAGGCUGGUAGUGAGUUGUGGCUGGAUGCUUGCCAGUUCUUGGCAGGUGAAGAGUAUGAGGGUGCUAUUUUUGACAAGUGGGGUCGUUCAUGCUCUCCCAGCCCCCUUACGGCCCAUUCAGACAACACAAAAGCCUCAGAUUACUCUAGGAGAGAAAACAUUUCAAUUGACCACCACGCUGAAGACUUGGAGCUGAAAUUUAAACCUGUUGAGAGGUGGUCGUCCUCAGACAGCUGGGCUAGCGCUCUUUCAGACUGGUUCCAGGCAGUUAACACCUAUCCAGAAGACUUGGGCGCUAACACUUCAAGCUCUGAUUCUAAGCAUAGUAUGGCAAUCCAGGACAAGAUUUUGGAGCAAAGGACAGGUCCAGAUAAUGCAAACAACACUGGACAGACUUGUCUGUCUCUGAACCUCCUAGAACCAGAAGAACCAGGUCAAGCCUCAAGUAGAGGACAAGUCGAGUCUGAUAACACUAAUGGAACUAAAGGAGAUAAAGACGGACUUCCUUCACAUUCAGAAGCAGACAGUCGGGACAAUACAACGAUGGAGAACAACGUGAGUUUGUUGGAGACUCUGGUUAUGUCUGAAUCCCUUAAACCAUAUAAGAAUGCAGCCAUUGAUACAUUUAAUGCAUCAAAGUCAUGUAUGUCUUCUGCAAAUGAGUUCAGCCCCAAACAAUAUGGAAGUCAGCACAUCUCUGGAGAGCUUUGGAGUGCAAAGUCGGAGGGAAAUACAUUGGUGGAGGUGACUGGAGACAAAAUUUCUGUACUUGGGUUGGUCUUCGAGGAGGAACGCCAAAGCAGCUUUUCUUCUCCGAAGAUCUCAGCUUACACCAGCAACAAGAAUUUAACUGGCUGUGUGAGUGGCGAGGAGCGGCGUCAUGGCUCCAAUGUGAAUCACCGCACAUGUCCCUCUCAAUCGGAUGUUCAUGUGUCUUCUGAGGCGGGAUGUGCUGAAGGGAAUGGAUCGUUUGUGCAUUCUAACUCUGAUGACUGUACAGUGAAGCCAAGAGAAGAGGAAAUAAGUACAAUUCCAGGGUUUAUUAUGCCGUUUGCUCCACUCUGUACUGGAAAAAAUUUCCUCAAUCAUAGUUUAUUGAGAGAGGACAGUCCACAAGUUGAUCUAGAUCUUCCUCAUAAAGGGAUUGUUAAUGAGAUACACCUUAAGAGCGAUCAAAAAUCAGUAAGUAGUGACAAUUCUUCUGAAGGCCGCUUUCAUACAUGCCCUGACCAGUCUUCAUCUUCAUCCGGUGGAGAUUCAGAUGAUCUUUCCAUCAAGGAUACUCAGAGAAAAUCAGAGUAUAGUGAUACCUGUGGCAUCAGCAAAGAGCUUUCUAAGUUCAUUUUACUCACAGGAGAGCAUUUUAUGGUGUCUGAGGACAAACGUGUUGCAUAUGUUACUCUAGACUUGGAGGAACCCAGAAAUUUGAGUCUUUUUUCCUUGUCAAACUGUGAGGAACUACCUAAAACAGACAAUAUGCCUCACAAGACCUCCAAGACUUCCUUAGAUGGUAAAACACGCUCUAAACAUAAGGAGAAACUGGCUGAGAAGCAGCAACAUGGGAUUCAAACAUCAAAAAAGCAAGAUCUUCAGUUUUCAUCCCAGGCGAAAGACGAAUUCAACUCAGAAGGAGCUGGUUGUGAAGAAUGUCCGGUUACUGUCAUUGAAACUAUCGUCAUCACUGAGAAGACUGUUCCUAAAGCCCAAGUGAAAAAGAAAAAGAAGUAUGUGCAACAUGGGAUGCCAAAACCCGAGAGUGAUCCACCAACUAACAUAGUGAGCAGGAGCACUCAGAAGAGCACAAUUGGCAAGACAGAGAACCUUGAAGUGAAGGUGGCAUCAAAUGGUCUGGAUAAACCAGCAUAUCAUCUUCCCACCAAAAUGGAUAUUACUAACAAAGAUAGCACUCAAAUAGUCAUGUCAGUGAGACCCAAAGUAGAACCCAGUGGGGCCAAGAUGGACCCUGCCACCGUAAAUGCCACUCAGAAAGCUGCCCCAAUAAAACUCAAAGCAGAUGCCAGUAACACAGCCAAGAUGGAAAAUAAGACGUGCACAUCAGAUUCUCCUAGUGCGUGUUUACCCAACAUGCCAAGUGAUGACAUAAAGCGCAGGAGAAUUGCAGACGUGUCUGGAGCAGUUCCGAUAAGGACGAGGCCACAGCUGCCUGCAAUUUUCCGCCAAGCAAGAAAAGAUGGAGAAGAUGUGACCCGGAAAGCUUACAGUGAGGUUGUCAAGCAGAAGAUUCCAAAACCCAAAGAAGUUGUGGUUCCUUGUGUAGUGUCAGAGAUCCAGGCUGACCCUAUCCCUGCUGACCCCCAAAACAUCUUACUUUGGUGCCAGUUCAGCCCCAUCCCACCUGAUGCCACCAUUAAGUGGACUAAAGAGGGAAGAGUGCUGUCAGAGAUAAACAAAGUAGAGAAGGAUGACGGCCGCUUCACACUGACAAUCCUAGAGGCUUGCAGUAAAGAUCUAGGGCUGUACAAAUGCAGUCUGAAUGCUGCCAACAUUUCUGUUUCGACCUCAGAGUACCAUCUCACAUCUGAGGUGCUUAUGGAACUAGUCAUUCCGAGUCAUGAUAAACCAGUUGAGCCCAGGGUUAUGGACGGGGAUGAGGAGAACAUCCAGUGCAGCCCGCUUCUAUUUAAGGAGGAUUUUCUUUCGGAUCAGUAUUUUGGAGAGAAUCAACCCGCUAGCAUCGUGACUGAGAAGGUCCAUUUCGGUGAAGGCAUGCACCGCAAAGCUUUCAGGACCACACUUAGAGAAGGCAAUCUACCACGAUUCAACCCCGGCCAUCCCUGCGUCCUGAAAGUCCACAACGGCAUCAACUAUGGGAUUAAAAAUAAUGAGGAGCUUGUCCAGAAGAACUACAGCCUGGCUGUGGAGGAAUGUCAUGUGCAGAACACCGCCAGGGAAUAUAUUAAAGCGUACAAUAGUGUGGCCAAGUCUGCUGAAUCAUUUGGAGAGGUGCCAGAAAUCAUCCCUAUUUAUUUGGUGCACCGACCAUCUAAUGAAAUCCCUUACGCCACGCUGGAGGAGGAGCUGCUGGGAGACUUCGUGAAGUACUCUGUGAAGGAUGGGAAGGAGAUCAACCUGAUGCGCAGAGACUCUGAGGCGGGACAGAAAUGCUGUGCCUUUCAGCACUGGGUCUACACACAGACAGAGGGUAACCUGCUGGUCACCGAUAUGCAGGGUGUCGGUAUGAAACUAACAGAUGUUGGGAUUGCCACCGGUAAAAAAGGCUAUAAGGGAUUCAAGGGAAACUGUGCCACGUCCUUUAUUGAUCAGUUCAAAGCUCUGCAUCAGUGUAACAGGUACUGUGAGCUACUGGGCCUGACAUCACUCCAACCCAAGCCAAAGCGGACCGUUGCCCUCCCAAAGCCAAAAACACAACCCUUGACAAAGAAAAAAACCUUCGGCCCUGUUCUGAAUGGCAAAUCUUGAUUGGACAGAAGCCCUGAAGAUUUGCUUGUAGGAUAAAUACUGCUUGCAGGUUUUAUCAAUGAAGUCUUUCUUAGGGACGAACGUGUUUCUGAGAUGUUUCUUUAAAUGUAAGAUGACAUUCAUCUGUAAGGACAGUAGGGAGGUUAUUUCUUUCUUGAGAGUUCUUUUGUGCUAUUUUAAAUUAGCGUAUUACUGAUUUUUAUUGAUUUUUUAAAAAUGUUUUUAAGGGGUAAGUGGAUUGUGCAAUUUUUUUUCAACAGUUUUUUGAUGUAAUAUUUUUGUUAAAACCAAAGAAAUAUAGGAAGUUAUCAGCCUAUAGUGUUUUAUCCUGAUUUGCUUUGUUGAAAAGUUCAUAAUCGUGCCAGUGGUGCUGCCAUCUGUUUCUUUAUUAUUAGCCUACUGGCACUAUUGUAUAAUAGAGGUGCCAGAAUAAUAACAAAGAACUGGAAACGGUUCCUUGUGUUAUUAUGAUUGUAUGUUAUGAUAAGUGUUUAUUUAACCGCUAAAGCUUAAUGAGUUAGUUCACCCAAAAUGAAAAGAAAAAAAGAAAGUCAUAAAUUAGGCUACUCACCCUCAUAUCAUUCCAAACCCGCAAGCCUUUCAUUUACCCUUGAAACACAAAUUAAGAUAUUUUAAAUGAGAUUUCUGUUCCUCCGUUGCCAGUCCAUGCAACUUUGUCACUUCAAAAAGUUCAUAAAGAGAUACGAAUAGAGCGGUUUAGUCCAAAUUUUCUGACGAGACUUGAUCGCUUUAUAUGAUGAACAGAUUUAAUUUAGGCUUUUAUUCACAUAUAAACAUUGAUGAAUGAACAUAAACAGAAGCUCAACCAAACCUGUUUGACGUGCGAGAACAAAUCUCAUUGGUUCCUGUGAAAGCUGCAUUGAACGGCUCUGGCUUGUUUCACACAUCAAGCAAGCCUAAAUUAAACUAAUUAAAAUGGGUCAUGAGCAGUUGAAAUACGCUAGAAUACCUUGCUCAUUUAAAGGUGUAGUAAGCAAUUUAUGAGAAAUGCUGUUGAAAGUGAAUCGGAGAGACCACCAAAACACACUUGUAGCGAAUCAGCAGUAAGGGGUGUAAACGCUCAUUGGGCGGAGGUGCCUAUGUUGCAUAGUGUGUUUGUGAAUUUGGGGGCGGGGCUGUCAAGAUAGGGGUGUGAUCCAUUUUUGAUUAGGGGCGUGUUUUGUUUUGGUGAUCUCAAAUA